AUGCUGCCUCCACUCACGUGUUAUGGGGCAGAUGUCUACCCAUCAUCUGUCCUGUUCCUUCUGAGCCUUUCGUAUUUCAUGUGUUGCGGCCGCCACUACCUCCAAGUCCACUAUGGCACCUGGGUUGCCCAGGAGCUUCAGGCCAAAUUGGCGGAAAUAGGAGCUCAGAUCCAAGGGAGUCUCGAGGAGCUGGUUGAGCGGUUACAGACCUACACCCGCCAGACUGGCAUCAUGCUGAAUCGACCGGUUUUAAGAGGAGAGGAUGGGGACAAAGCUGCUGCUUCUAUGUCAGCGCAGAUGUCUGGGAUUCCUAAGCCACCACCACCUAUGGGACUCUCACCUCCACCACCUCCACCGCUUCCACCACCUCCACCAGGCCUUGGCCUUGGCUUUCCUAUGGCUCACCCACCAAAUUUGGGAUCCCCACCUCCUCUCCGAGUUGGUGAGCCUGUGGCAUUAUCAGAAGAGGAACGGCUGAAUCUGGCACAGCAACAGGCAGCUGUGUUAAUGGAGCCGGAACGACAGCAGGAGAUUGCCAAGAUGGGCACUGCUAUCCCUAGGCCUCCUCAAGAUAUGGGUCAGCUGGGUGUUUGUACUCCCCUGGGACCUCGGGCAGCUGUCCCAGUAGGUCCUGUGGUUCCCACUCCCACUGUUUUGCCCAUGGGGGCCCCUGUUCCUAGCCCUUGGGGUCUCUCCCUACCCCCUGGAGAUGAGAAUAGAGAGAUGGAUGAUCCCUCUGUGGGCCCCAAGAUCCCCCAGGCUUUGGAAACGAUUCUGCAGCUGAAGGAGAGCCGUCAGGAAGAGAUGAACUCUCAGCAGGAGGAAGAAGAAAUGGAGACAGACAGACACUCAUCUCUAGGACAGUCAGUAUCAGAGACUGAGGAGGACACCGGGUCCAUAUCCAAAAGAGAGAGAGAGAGAGAGAGAGAGAGAGAGAGAGAGAGAGAGAAACCGGAAGCGUCGGGACCGAAAGAAGAAAAAGCCCCAGCGGGUACCGCCAGCAUCCGAGAGAAAGACUCAGCUUGAUCUCGAGGCUCUGACUCCCCUGCUCCUGAUGUCGAGAUUGAAUAUGUGACUGAAGAGCCUGAAAUCUAUGAGCCCAACUUCAUCUUUUUCAAGAGGAUUUUUGAGGCUUUCAAGCUCACUGAUGAUGUGAAGAAGGAAAAAGAAAAGGAGCCAGAGAAACUUGACAAAAUGGAGAAGGCUGCAGUCCCUAAGAAGGGCUUUGAGGAGGAGGAACACAAGGACAGUGAUGACGACAGCAGUGAUGAUAAACAGGAAAAGAAGCCAGAAGCCCCUAAGCUGUCCAAGAAGUUGCGCCAAAUGAAUCGCUUUACUGUGGCAGAACUCAAGCAGCUGGUGGCUCGGCCUGAUGUCGUGGAGAUGCAUGAUAUGACGGCACAGGACCCUAAGCCCUUGAUUCACCUCAAGGCCACCCAGAACUCCGUCCCUGUGCCACGCCACUGGUGUUUUAAGCACAAAUACCUGCAAGGCAAACGAGGCAUUGAGAAGCCCCGCUUUGAGCUGCCAGACUUCAUCAAACACACAGGCAUUCAGGAGAUGCGAGAGGCCCUGUGGGAGAAGGAAGAACAAAAGACUGUGAAGUCAAAAAUGAGAGAGAAGGUUCGGCCCAAGAUGGGGAAGAUUGAUAUUGACUACCAGAAACUGCAUGAUGCUUUCUUCAAGUGGCAGACCAAACCAAAGCUGACCAUCCAUGGAGACCUAUAUUACGAGGGGAAGGAGUUUGAGACACGGCUGAGGGAGAAGAAGCCUGGAGAUCUAGCUGAUGAAUUAAGGAUUUCCUUGGGGAUGCCAGUAGGACCCAAUGCCCACAAAGUCCCGCCCCCGUGGCUGAUUGCCAUGCAGCGAUAUGGGCCACCCCCAUCCUACCCGAACCUGAAAAUCCCUGGGCUGAAUUCACCUAUCCCUGAGAGCUGUUUCUUUGGAUACCAUGCUGGUGGAUGGGGCAAAGCCCCAGUAGAUGAAACUGGGAAGCCACUUUGUGGGGGUGUGUUUGGAGCCAAUGCUGCUGAAUUUCAGACCAAAACUGAAGAAGAGAUUGAUCAGACCCUUUGGGGAGAACUAGAACCAUCUGAUAAAGAGUCCUCAGAAGAAGAGGAAGAGGAAGAAAAUGAUGAAGAUGAGCUAGAUGAGACUGGCUUUAUUAUGUCUGCGGACAGCGGCCUCAUCGCUCCUGGGGGAUUCUCGUCUGUGCCAGCUGGAAUGGAGACCCCUGAACUCAUUGAGCUGAGGAAGAACAAGAUUGAGGAAGCAAUGGAUGACAGUGAGACACCUCAGUUGUUCACUGUGUUGCCAGAGAAGAGAACAGCCACAGUCGGGGGAGCCAUGAUGGGAUCAACCCACAUUUAUGACAUGUCAACGGUUAUGAGUCGGAAGGGUCCAGCCCCUGAACUGCAAGGUGUGGAAGUAGCGCUGGCACCUGAGGAGUUGGAGCUGGACCCCAUGGCCAUGACCCAGAAGUAUGAGGAACAUGUGCGGGAGCAGCAGGCACAAUUAACGCUCAACACAAUCCCCCAUUGA